AUGGCAACUCAAGCGGUCCCUGAAGUGCUGUCUGCACCAGCCCGAACGUUUGACAAUGCUCCACUGUUCCCGGAGGAUGUGCCAACAGCACCACUCCUGCGCCUCAGUCUGGCCAAGCUAAUCGAGCGAGAUCCCGAAGAGGUGAACCGAUUCGUGCGGGCGUGCGAGGACCUCGGAUUCUUUUAUCUUGACUUGACUGGUCCGGGGGACUCUCUGCUUGCUGAUGCAGAUCAACUUUUCAAAGUCGGCGAAGAGUUGUUCGAGCUCCCGCUGGACGAGAAAAAGAAGUAUGAUUUCCAGAAAAAGAACUCGUACUUUGGAUACAAAGGCUUCGGCGCCAACGUUGUUGACCGAGAUGGUAAUCUCGACCGUAAUGAGUUCUACAAUGUGUCCAAAGAUGACAUUUUCGGAAUCAUGGAGCCCUUACCUGCCCCGGAAGUCCUCAGCUCACGACGUACCUGUUUCAAAUCGUUUAUGUCAUCAGCUCAUGGCAUAGUUACGCUGGUUCUAGAACUACUUAACGACCACCUAAAACUGCCGCCAAACACCUUGCAAGAUAUGCAUCGCCUUGAGGGCCAUUCGGGAGAUCAAGUCCGUUUCAUCAAAGCUCCACCACAGCCUAUGGACGACCGGCGAACGGCGUUGGGUGAACACACCGAUUUUGGAAGUGUGACGGUCCUCUUCAAUCGUUUAGGAGGUCUGCAGGUCCUUCCACCCGGACGCAAUGCACAAUGGUGCUACGUGAAGCCCCUCCCAAACCACGCCAUCAUCAAUCUCGGGGAUGCGAUGGUGAAAUUCACAAACGGGCUUCUAAGGUCUAACAUCCAUCGCGUGGUUUCUCCACCAGGCGAGCAGGCAGACCACACCAGAUACUCGCUGGUUUACUUCAACCGACCGGAGAACGACGUGCUGCUGAAACGUUUGGAGGGGAGCGAGAUGAUUCCGCCAUUGGAGAAGGACGCGGUCGAAGAAGAAAUAAACAGCCAGGAUUGGAUCUUGAGACGAGCACUAGGACAUCGAAUUGAACUGUUCGGCAAGGACUCUGCUUCGGAUUUUGAAAAGACUCGGGGUACGGAAGCCAUCAGCCAACGUGCUUACCUGUAA